UUUAAAGAAAAAAGAAAAAAAGUCCUCGCUCCGGUCAUAGCGUAUAUAAGAAGAGCGGAAAGUGUCCUAGAAAUACUCCUGGGAUGUUUCGGAGAUCUGAAUCCAGCACUGGUGGAUUAGGAAGCCGGGAGUUUUGUGAUCAUGGACCCUGCAUUACUCUAGGGCUUGGACUCUAAUUGGGCUCACUCUCUCCCCAGUUGUUACUGUUCAGCAGUAAGGCAACCACGAUCCCUUCCCAACAGGGACAGAGUUGCAGUGUAAAAAAAAAAAAAAAAAAAAAAAAAAAAAAAGUCUACAAUGUCGAAUCCAAGUGUUGAGUUUUAAAAAAUUCCCUCCAAAUUAGAGCCUCAGCUGUGGGCUCCCUCGAAGAGCUCCGAGCGCUCUCAGUCUCACUUUUCUGUCCUGAGGCCGCGUCCGCGGCGCCUUUCCUGAAUAUCUUUCACUCUGCGAAAUUCGAGUUUGCUUCUCGCGUGCGCCCGCCCCUCAGCUCUCCAGGUCUCCCCUGGCCUCGGCCAGGUCAGCGGACGCGGCAGGUAGCGGGAGGCGCUGUGUGGGGCGCUUCUUCCACGUGGAGCGAGCGUUGCGGGAGGACUGAGUGGUUGCUGUGGCCGCCGCCGAGGCCGUUUCGGUUCCUGCCCGCGACUCCGCUGGGAGGGCGGGAACAGCUCUGCGCGGCCGGAUUCCUCCUCGGAAGCUCUUCCGUGCAGCAGCGCGCGUCUGUGAGCUCGUCCGGGAGGUGGGGGGCGACUACACGCCCCACUUGCAUCGCGCUUCUCUAGCUACGCGGACUCCUUCGGGGUUCUUCUGCUUCUCACCUUAAAAAGAACAACAACAAACUUUCAUGUUCUCGCUGAAUGCUUGUCGCAGAAAAGAUUGUGGAAGGCGGCUUUUCGGGGAAGAAGCCUUGGCGGGGCGCAUUUGCAUUGGCUGUGCAGGCUUCCGCCUGGAAGGUUGUUGGAAACGCCGUUUCUGCGGGGCCGGACUCGCGCGGAUGUCUCCUCGCCCGCUGUGGGCCCACACGACGCCCGAUUGCGCCUGCCGGCUCCAAGCGUCUGGUGACCCUGGCCCGGGGACUUUCGCCCGCCUUUCUGCGCUUCGGGGGCAAAAGGACCGACUUCCUGCAGUUCCAGAAUCUGAGGAACCCGGCAAAAAGCCGUGGGGGUCCCGGCCCGGAUUACUAUCUCAAAAACUAUGAGGAUGACAUUGUUCGAAGUGAUGUUGCCUUGGAUAAACAGAAAGGCUGCAAGAUUGCCCAGCACCCUGAUGUUAUGCUGGAGCUCCAACGGGAGAAAGCAGCUCAGAUGCACCUGGUUCUUCUAAAGGAGCAAUUCUCCAAUACUUACAGUAAUCUCGUAUUAACAGCCAGGUCUCUAGACAAACUUUAUAACUUUGCUGAUUGCUCUGGACUCCACCUGAUAUUUGCUCUAAAUGCACUGCGUCGUAAUCCCAAUAACUCCUGGAACAGUUCUAGUGCCCUGAGUCUGUUGAAGUACAGCGCCAGUAAAAAGUACAACAUUUCUUGGGAGCUGGGUAAUGAGCCAAAUAACUAUCGAACCAUGCAUGGCCGGGCAGUAAAUGGCAGCCAGUUGGGAAAGGAUUACAUCCAGCUGAAGAGCCUGUUACAACCCAUCCGGAUUUACUCCAGAGCCAGCUUGUAUGGCCCUAAUAUUGGGCGGCCCAGGAAGAACGUCAUCACCCUCCUAGAUGGAUUCAUGAAGGUGGCAGGAAACACAGUGGAUGCAGUUACCUGGCAACAUUGCUACAUUGAUGGCCGGGUGGUCAAGGUGAUGGACUUCCUGAAAACUCGUCUGUUAGACACCCUCUCUGACCAGAUUAGGAAAAUUCAGAAAGUGGUUAACACAUACACCCCAGGAAAGAAGAUUUGGCUUGAAGGUGUGGUGACCACCUCAGCUGGAGGCACAAACAAUCUGUCAGAUUCCUAUGCUGCAGGAUUCUUAUGGUUGAACACUUUGGGAAUGCUGGCCAAUCAGGGCAUUGAUGUUGUGAUUCGGCACUCAUUUUUUGACCAUGGAUACAAUCACCUCGUGGACCAGAAUUUUAACCCAUUACCAGACUACUGGCUCUCUCUCCUUUACAAGCGCCUGAUUGGCCCCAAAGUCUUGGCUGUGCAUGUGGCUGGGCUCCAGCGGAAGCCACGGCCAGGCCGAGUGAUCCGGGACAAACUAAGGAUUUAUGCUCACUGCACAAACCACCACAACCACAACUAUGUUCGAGGGUCCAUUACACUUUUUAUCAUCAACUUGCACCGAUCAAGAAAGAAAAUUAAGUUGGCUGGGACUCUCAGGGACAAGCUUGUGCACCAGUACCUACUGCAGCCCUAUGGACAGGAGGGCCUGAAGUCCAAGUCAGUGCAGCUGAACGGCCAGCCCUUAGUGAUGGUGGACGAUGGGACCCUCCCAGAACUGAAGCCCCGCCCCCUGCGGGUCGGCCGGACAUUGGUCAUCCCUCCAGUCACCAUGGGCUUUUAUGUGGUCAAGAAUGUCAACGCUUUGGCCUGCCGCUACCGAUAAACCCCCUCACACUCACAAGUCACCAGCAGGCCUGCUGGACUGCUUUCCACUCUUCUGCCCUAAUGGUAUCAGUAUUUUUCAGGCAUCUUCUGAGCAACAAACCAGUCUCUGCCGCCCCAUCCUGCUGGAAUCAACACUAACUUGCUCUCCAAAGAGACAAAUACCCUAGCAUGAGCUUAGCCUAGGUAGGUCACUUCUACCCCAAAGGAAAAUGUAGACCUCAUAAGCAUGAAGGUAUGUGUGUAGAGCUGUAUGCACCCUUGUACAUGCCCCAUGAGAACAAGCUGACAGUGCACUUCCAGGACAAAUGAAAUAGCUCCCCACAAUCCUGGUCACAUAGCAAAAUAACUACAGACCUUAGCCUGUGGCUGCUGCCCUCGGCAGACGAUGAGGAAGGAAAAAAACCCGGUGGACAUUUAAGAGCCCAAUCCCCCCUAACUCCUUUCCUUUGUCUGUUCCCUGCUGUUGCCCUGGGUUUCAUAUCACCUCUCCUCCCAGAGGGGAGCAAGUGGGUGAGUCAGUGCCGGCCUGCUGGGCAAGCUGUUAAUGUAAUUUCCUGGCUGAUGUAUGAGUGUGUGCAUCUGGGUUUCUGACAGUGGCAUCAAUCACUAGCUAUUCCUCUGGGAAGCGGGUGCUUCAAAAGUAAAAUUGCAGUCAUACUCCAGAUUUUGUAAGAAGGUUCUAUUCCUCUGUGAAUCCAGCUUCCCCCAGGGUUGGAAUGGAAGUCAGGUGACAGUGUUCACUGAGUGGACAGCAAUGUAUUAGGCAGCACAGGAAGCAGUCAUCAUCUGUCAUGUGGCUGCGAGGGAGGGAGCUUUAGUACAGAGAAAGCACACCCAACCACCAAACACGGACACACACACACACACACACACACACACACGUGUCCCUCGACUGAACAAAGCAAAUAAUUAGACCUACCUCAAUUUUGAGAGAAUAUUAAGGGCUUGAUAGGGUAAGCCCUUAAUGGUUUGGUUGACCAA